UAACCAUGAUUAGUCUCUAAAAAUUUGCAAGUUUUCAACAAUAACAACAACAAGAACAAUUCCAAGUAAUAUUGUUUAUUAUUUGUUAGCACAUAGUUAAAUAAAAAAAAAAAAAAAAUGCCAACUGAUGAUUCGUUGACAGCAUAUCAAAAAGAUUCAAGAGUUGCCUGUCAAUAUGGUGAAAAAUGUUAUCAAAAAAAUCCAGCACAUCAUGACAAAUACAAACAUCCACCAAAAAUAUCCAAGCCAAAUGAUGAUAAUAAAAAUACAAAAGGAUUAAAACGUAAGAGAAAUGAUGAGAAAACAGAAUGUAAUGAAUCAAAAAUAAAAAAAACAAAUGAUAAUAAAAUUACAGAUCAAUUUACAUCAGCAUCAUCAUCAUCAUCAUCUGAUAAUGAUGAUAAAAUCACUGAUGAAUCUAAAAAAAUUAUACCAGAAUCAUCUGAUGAAGAGUCUGAUGAUUCAUCAAAUGAUUUAAAGACAGAAUCAUCAGUUACAACAACACAAGUUGCCUGUACAUCUGAGUCAUCAACAAAAGAAGAUAAAAUACCAGAAAAUAAAGCUAUUAAAUCUUAUGAUACUUUAAAUCCACAUGAAAAACUUAUACAAGAUUUAUUUCUUGUUCAAAUGCCAGAUGAUUUUUACAAGUUUUAUGAAUUUUGUUCAACAAUUAACAGUAAAAAUCCACAACUAGCACUUCAAUCUAUUGAUCUAGAACUUGUUGGUCCAUUUGAUGUUCUUUCUGGUAAAAUAACAGAACCAAAAAAUGACAAGGAUAUUUAUUUGACACACUGGAGAUAUUUUUAUGAUCCACCAGAGUUUCAAACAAUUUUAAAAGGAAAUGACAAAGAAGGUUUACACUAUGGAUACUGGAGAGAUGAACCAAAUGAACAACCACCACUUGUUGCUAAAAAUUUGGCAAAUAUUGAUUGUAAGAUUGUUGCUUGUGGACCAAAUAUAUUUGCAGCAGUCUUAGCACAUACUGAAGAGGUAUUAAAAAAAGCUAAUCUAUUUACAAAACCAAAAAUUUUACAAAUAUCACAAAAAUUAAAAUCAUUUGCUAAAGAAAAUAAUAUUUUUAUGGAAAAAUUAUCAACUGAAAUGAAAACAAGAAAUAGAAAAGUUGUUGCUAAAACAUUUUUUGGUAUUGGUAUUGUCGUUAAGUACGAUACAAAAACUCAAUUGGGAUACAGAACAUUAUCAGCCACAGAAAGUCAAUUUAAAAAGAUUUUAAGUAAAAUUGAAAAUCCAUCUACAGAUGCGGAGAAAAUAGAAAAUUUAUCAGCUGUUGAAGAAAUUGUUAGAUGGGCAACAAUUGCUGCUGAUGAAUGUGAUUUUGGUACACCAUUAGAACUUGGUCAUGAUUUAUUUGCAAGUGGUGUUGGAUGUCUUGAAAAAACAUCCUUGCAAAUGCUUAGAAUGGCAUAUAGUCUUCUUCGACGUAGUCAGUUUUCUAAAAUUGCUGAAGUUCAUAUUAAAAAUAGAAAAAAAGGCUGUCAACUCAGCGUCUUGUAAUUAAUAUGUAUUUUUUUAAUAAUUGAAAAAAUAUUUUUUUGUAUGGAGUAGUCUAAAAUAGACAAGCUUGCUAUUGUAAAUAGCAUGUUCAUUUUGAACACCUUCUUUAUUUUAGACCACUAUAUUUUUAUUAUGGAUAUUAAUUUAAAUAAAAAAAAUAAAAUAAA